AUGAUACAGUGCUUAUUGGAUCCGGCAUUGGUGAUCGCAGACCUUGAUCAAAAGUUCCGAGAUAUUGUAUACCGGAUAACUCAUGUGGGUUUGCUUGCGCAGCAUCGUGCCGAUGACAAGCGGCAAAUAUGGGAAGAACUUAGCGUGAAUAUGGCUCAUCGAUUGAACAAUAUAUAUGGAUGGAGUAUUCCAGUGACAUUAACCCAGUUGUCCAUAGCAAUGCAAGAGACGGAAUGGGCGUUCUUGAAAGUUUCCGGGGACUACAAAGCAUUAACCUUCCAGGAAAGUGUGCCUUUCCGCACACAGGGACAUUCCGAGGUUUUGGAUACUUGGCAAGAGCUAUCCGACAAAAUGAGACCCUCAGCUGCAUCUGCUUCAGCUGGGCCGACGCUAAACGAUGCGUAUCACUCGGCACUUUCGAGAUUCUCUCUGUCACAUUUCCAACAUGGUCUUUCCAGUUCAUCGCCAUCUAAUGCAUUGCGUCAGCUGUUGUCUGAUGAAGCCUACUCGGCAUGGAAAAAUAAUAAGGAAUCGAGCAUCUUGUGUCUCUAUGGAACAAACGGCGUUGGGAAAACAACGAUUGCCCAGGGUAUAUCAAUGGCUCUUGCCAGUGCUGGGGAUACAGGCGUUGUAGUCUAUUUCUCUUUUGGGAACCUCGAUAUUCUACACAGAUCAACAGCGAGCUUAUUGAAAACGCUCAUAUUCAAAAUUCUAUCCACCAUUCCUGCCACGUGGAAUGCAAUUCAAGAUAUUUCAGUAUGGAUACAACAAUUCCACCACAUUACAAUCAACGAGCUUUGGAUACUUCUCCGACUGUUAUGUUCGUCUCGAUGGCUUUCGCGAGUAUUCUUUAUCAUUGAUGAUAUUGACAAAUGCACAGACGGGCUGGUGCCUCGUUUGGAGGCUCUUUUGAAGAUGGGAGACGCCUCAGAUGUACAAAUCAAGAUUCUCACCACUGGCCAAUCAGCCUUGGUUUCGAUGGACUCUUGGAGCGUAUCUACCAUCAAUUUGAGUUUACCGGCGUGGAAAGAGGGCGAUAUUGGUAGUGCAAUUACAAGUACGACGCAAGAGGUCAUCAGGCAGAAUCACGGGCUUGCUGAGCUCGAGCGAAAUAUCAUCGAUGGGUUAAAGCAUUGCAAUUCGCCAAUAGAAGUCAACAUCAGGUUGAAGGCACUUUGCCAAUGCGCAAGACCACUUACUUCUCUCUCUGCGCAGAGCAAUCUUUCUAUUCUAGAGAAGCCACUCCCGGAUCUGUACGCCCAACUUCUUGGUCCGCUAGAGAAACUAGAUCCUUGGGUACGGACAGCAUUGUCACUGAUGUCCCUUAGCUUCCGGCCAUUGAAACUACACGAUCUAGCCAUUGUUAUAAAUCUCGGCCUAGAAAUAAAAGACAGGGAGGAUGUUGUGCACUCUCUACCACUAGAUCUAGGGGGUGAUCUAACACGCGCUUUAGGUGUGUUGGUUGAUCUUCGUGACGAGACAGCAAAAUUCUCGCAUCAGUCUGUAACAACUUAUAUUCAAGACCAGAUGACUAUGCAGAUAAACCAAGGGACGAUCUCUCCGGCUGAUGGAAUUCUCACCCAUGGGGAUUUGGCUCGUCGCUGUCUCACAUACCUGAGGCUAUUCGAUUUAGACAGUGGCCCUCCAGCAACAGGCUACAAAACCUUUUUGCGUUCAAACGACCUAGAUUUCACAAGCUAUGCGGUGAUGCACUGGCCCUCUCACUAUACUGCACACCAAGACCGCAAGUCUCUUGUUCAAGAUAUACUGGACUUUUUUGCUUUGGAGAAACCUCGAACACAGUGGGCGCAAUGGCGGCGUGCGGGGCAAUCAACGCCUGAGAUAAAUGACUUACCGAUGACACCGAUCGCUCUUUCUGCGCAACAUGGACUACUAGAGGUUGUUCAACAACUCUUGCUACAGAGUGGGGACAAGUCUAUUUCCUCUGAAGAGCGGACCGAGGCUCUGGAGAUGGCGUUGCAUUUUGGCCAUCUUGAUGUUGCUCGCGAGUUACUGCAUUCUCUGAGUCCAUCAAAAAGGGCGAUUUCUCUUGCAGCUCGGAUGGGCGAUUUGCCAUUGCUCAAAGAGCUGAUAGAGAAGACCGAAGACCCUCAUUCAUAUGCUUUGAACUGCCUUGAGACGGCAGCAUUUUGCGGGCACCUAGGAGUUAUCAAUACCUUUCUAGAACUCUUACCGGAUGCACGAACAUUUCUCAACUAUAAUGCAUCAGUGUAUCGACAGUCAGUAAGGGGGGGUCAACUGCACAUUCUAAAACGCUUGUUGGAGGUUGGCACUCCUCCGCUACCUGCGGAGACUGGGACGACAUUGCUUCACCUGUCAGCCGAGGCAGGUGACCUCCAGAUGAUUGGCCUACUACAGACCUAUGAUGUCGAAAUUAAUUGUAUCAAUGAAGAUGGUCAAACGCUGCUGUAUCACGCCGUUGCUGCAGGACAUGCACGGGUGGUCGCUGAACUCGCACCAAAAAUCACACCGUGGGGUGUGGAUCACGAUGGACUCUCGCCCCUGCACAUUGCAGCGAUACAGGGUAACAUGGCUGUUUUCAUGGAACUUAUUAAGUGUAAACCCGAUGUGACAGCGACAAAUAAUCAAGGAGACCAGCCGAUUCAUCUCGCCGCGGAAAGAGGCCAUUUUGACAUUGUGGUGCAACUUCUGAACAUGGGACUGGACCCAAAAGCUGCCAAUCACGAUGGAUUUAAUUUGCUACAUUUGGCCGCUCGGGGGGGUCAUUUGGCCAUGGUGAAAGAUCUUCUCCGUCGAACGAAAAAUAGCUUCAGCACAAAUACAGGAUCCAACCAGAAGUGGGGUGACCAAUGUGCGGAAAACCCCCGUGUUGAUCCUAGAUCUAAUUCAGACAAGGGAAUCUAUGACGCAUCUAAGGAGAGCUCAGAUCGAAAAAACGAUACGGAAUCUAAAGUGAAUGAGGACACCGAAGAAUGCGAGGAAGAGGAAGGUGAAGGAGAAGACGGAGACGGGGGACAAACUGAAGAGGAAGAAGAGGAAGCCGUUGGCGAGGAAGAUGAAGACAUUACUUACGAGCCAACGCCUCUGCAUUCUGCGGCCUUGAAAGGGUAUGUUGAAGUAAUAGAAGUGCUUCUUCCACACGCCGACGAUACAUUAGGAAACAGCUAUGGGAGCACGCCUCUUCAUCUAGCCGUCCGGGGCGGUCAUACGGCAGCAGUCAAGUACUUAUUGAGCCAAGGUAGUUCUCUUGGAGUCUGUGACACACACGGCCGCCAGCCUAUCCAUCUCGCUUGUGACACAGGCAAUCUAUUCAUCCUUCAAAUGCUUCUAAAAAACGGAUCGAGUUUCGAGGCUACCGACGAUCAGGGCAACACACCGCUCCAUAUUAGCACGGAAAGCGGACACGAGCAAUUGGUUCAAGCACUUCUAGAUAUUGGAGCGGACGUAAACCACAAACAGAGGGGUUCUGGCGGUUCAUGUCUACACAUAGCAGCGAAAAUUGGCCAUGAGGGAAUUGUGAAACUUCUGAUUGGAGCGGGAGUCAGUUUGGAUGAACAGGACGGGAAAGGUCGGACAGCUCUCCAUGUAUCUCUAACUCACUUCCGAGAAGAGGUUGCUACCUGUCUACUUGACAGGGGUGCAGAUCACAACACGCGGGAUAUCGAGGGCCAAACACCACUCUACAGUGCUAUCAUCAACGGCAUCGAUUUUCGAACGAUCGAAAAGCUACAACCUUCUCAUGAUCAAGUCAGAAAGAUGAUUGAAAGCGACCCUAUGCUCAUUCACACAGCUUUACGUGCAAAGCAAGGUCAAAGGGUGAUCGCAUUACUUAUGCAUUCUGGGUGGAACCCAUUGGUUAAAGAUGAAAAUGGUGAAACUCCGCUACAAUUGGCAUUGAAAUUAGGCCUCCCCAUCGAAGCGGAACAGCUUCUAGAGCGAAUGAAUCCAGAUAUUCCAUCAAUUAAGGAAUACUCAGAAUCUCUUAUUGAUAUGUCAAUCCAGGGGUUCACUGCUGGGGUCCGAAAAGUCCUGGCCUAUGCAGAGGUGGAUCUGGAGGUCAAAGGCGGGACCUAUCAUCAGACUCCUUUGGCUUUCGCCGCAGAGAAUGGGAAGAACGACGUUGUGAGAUUACUGCUAGAAAAAGGUGCCGAUCCUAAUGCGAAGGACGAUGACGAUGUAACGCCUAUUCUAGUAGCAGUGUGGGAUCACCAUAAGGAGAUAGUCACCCAGCUCAUUGACGCAGAGGCGGACAUUGAUGCAAGGAACAUACUUGGGUAUACAUCUCUAGAUUUAGCGGUCUUGGUGAGGGACGCGGAACUUGUGAACCUUCUUUUAGAGCGCGGUGCUUCUAUACCCAACUCCGAGGGCCGGGAAGUCACAAACAUUCUCCGGCAGAGUAUUCAAGAGGACCACUUGCAAAUCACAGAGAUCCUCCUACGUAAUGGUGCCAAUCCUUUCGAGGUCGAUUCAAAAGGGAAAACAGCAAUUCAUGAAGCUGCCGAAGCAGCUAAUCCGGCUUUCCUAGAGGCUCUGCUCCGGAAUGGGACGAAAUCACUCCCUGAAGGAUUCGAAUGGACGCCGUUGCACCUCGCUGCAAUGGUAGGAGAUACGGAGCUUAUACGUUCUCACGAGACUCAUGCUCAUGCCAAAGACACCAAAGGGCGGACUGCGUUGCAUUGGGCUACCCUUCGAGGCCAUUUAGAAGCUGUGAAGAUUCUCUUUGACAUGCAAACAGACCUCAAAGCUCAGGAUGAAGACGGGAUGACAGCCCUGCAUCUUUCAGCAACUCAAGGGAAUAUCGAUAUAGUCAGAUUCCUAGCUGACAAAGGCGACCAAUGCAGUGUAUGGAAUGUGGAUGGAUGGAGUCCAAUCCAUCUUGCGCGAUCCUGUGGUUAUGAAGAUACCGUCUCCUUCCUUUCGGAUAUUGUUUCGUUGGCGGAUGCAGCGCUCGCUGGCUUUUCACCCGAGUGGGUUAGCGUAGGGAAUACGACCGGGAUUCUAGUAAAGGAUGACGGUCGACAGGUAAUUAUAGAAAAUGUAACAGGCGAUGAUCUUGAGGAAAGAUGUCAGGUGCGCACGAAACACCCAAUGCCAGUAAUUAACCCUGUGUAUUACUAUGAAAUAGCAAUUAUCCGGUUGUCUCCAGGAAGGAUAAUGGGUCUUGGGUUCUGUGAAAAGGAUUCUAGUCUCAGAGGCAUGCCAGGGUGGAGGGAAAAGACCUGGGGUUAUCAUGCUGAUGAUGGAGGUCUGUUUUCAGAGUAUACUACUGCUACGCCCUUUGGGCCUCAGUAUUAUGUAGGUGAUGUUGUUGGAUGCGGUGUCGAUUUUAUCGCCCGAUCCGCAUUUUUCACCCAUAAUGGCAACUUUAUUAGAAAAUUUAAAUUUGACUGCAAG